AAAUUACCAUUCAUCACAAAGAAUCAUCCAUUUCCAUUAAACAUUUUUCUUUUUAUUAUUUCUCUCUGCAUGAAAAAUCUCAUAAACUUAUUUUUUUUUCACGUAAAAAAGUGAAAAAAUAAUAAUAAAAAAAAAUGUUCACUACUUUUUCUAUGUAAAAAUGAGUGUUCUAUAGAAGAAAAAAAAGGCUAAGCAUAAAAAAAACACACAAAAUUCAAACAUCAAACAUGGCGAGUACACCAUCAAGCCCGCCAAAGAAGUCGUCGUUGGGGCGGCCGCCGGUGAAAUUUGCUCGUCGAACGUCGAGCGGCCGCAUGGCGAGCCUAUCUCGGGACGACGAUUUAGAAAGCAUAUCAAGCGAAUUCUCCACCCAAAAUGACUACAUAAAUUACACGGUGAUGAUGCCGCCGACGCCAGACAACCAGCCAGUGACCGAGGAGAAUUCCGGCGGUGGCAGUGACGGAGGAGGAACGAAAAUGGACAGGAGAAUAUCGGUGAUGAAAUCGAAUAAUAAUAAUAAUAAUAAUAAUAACAAGUCAAUGUUGGUGAGAACACAAACUGGGGAUUUUGAUCACAACCGUUGGUUGUUUGAGACUAAAGGGAAGUAUGGGAUUGGAAAUGCUUAUUGGUCUGAAGAAGAAGAGACUUAUGAAUCAGAUGUUAGUAUGUCUGAUUUCAUGGAUAAGCCAUGGAAGCCUCUCACUAGGAAGGUCAAGGUUCCUGGUGGUGUUCUUAGCCCUUACAGGUUACUAGUGGUGAUCCGAAUGGUAGUGCUAUCAUUUUUCUUAGCAUGGAGAAUCCAAAAUCCAAACAAUGAUGCAAUGUGGUUAUGGGGAAUGUCCAUUGCUUGUGAGAUUUGGUUUGCAUUUUCAUGGCUUUUGGAUGUCCUCCCUAAGCUUAAUCCCAUCAACCGCGCCACGGAUCUCUCCGCCCUUCGCGACAAGUUCGAGCAGCGCACCCCGUCUAACCCUAAUGGCCGCUCGGACCUUCCCGGUGUGGAUGUGUUUGUUUCUACUGCUGACCCUGAAAAGGAACCUCCUUUGGUCACUGCCAACACAAUUCUCUCCAUUCUUUCUGCUGAUUACCCUACCGAAAAGCUCUCGUGCUACAUUUCGGAUGAUGGAGGUGCCAUUCUCACCUUUGAGGCCAUGGCUGAGGCUGUUAACUUUGCUCAGGUUUGGGUACCAUUUUGUAGAAAACACAACAUAGAACCAAGAAAUCCAGACAGCUAUUUCAGCUCGAAAACCGACCCAACUAAGAACAAGAAGCUUCCUGAUUUCGUCAAGGAUCGACGUUGGAUCAAAAGAGAAUACGACGAGUUUAAGGUAAGGAUCAAUGGUUUACCAGAGGCAAUAAAAAAGAGAAGUGAAAUGUACAAUUCUAGAGAAGAGGCAAAGGAGAAAAAGCUAGCCAGAGACCAAAAUGGUGGGCUUUUGCCAGCAGAGCCAAUCAAAGUGACCAAGGCAACAUGGAUGGCUGAUGGUACACAUUGGCCUGGCACAUGGCUAACCUCAGCACCUGACCAUGCCAAGGGAGAUCACGCUGGUAUUUUACAGGUAAUGACUAAAGUCCCAGAGAAUGAGCAAGUAAUGGGUUACAACGAUGAACAAAAGCUAGAUUUCACAGGAGUGGACAUUAGGCUGCCAAUGUUCGCAUACGUGUCGAGAGAGAAGAGGCCGGGUUACGAUCACAACAAGAAGGCAGGAGCCAUGAACGCCAUGGUUAGAGCCUCAGCAAUACUCUCCAAUGGACCAUUUAUUCUCAACCUAGAUUGUGACCAUUACAUCUACAACUGUUUGGCCAUUAAGGAAGGAAUGUGUUUCAUGAUGGACCGUGGAGGAGACAGAAUUUGCUACAUACAAUUCCCACAAAGAUUUGAAGGGAUUGACCCAUCUGAUCGAUAUGCAAAUCACAACACUGUUUUCUUUGAUGGUAACAUGAGAGCUCUUGACGGCCUGCAAGGCCCGGUGUACGUGGGAACCGGGUGCAUGUUCAGGCGAUAUGCACUCUACGGGUUUCACCCACCGAGAGCAAACGAAUACUUAGGCGUGUUUGGCCAAUCGAAAAAGAGAGCUCCAAAUUACCAAUCAGAACACUUGGUGGAUGACGAUUCAGAUACACAGCCAUUAAAUUCACACCCUGAUCUUGGUUUGCCUAAGAAGUUUGGAAACUCAAACGUGUUUACUGAAACCAUUGCCGUUGCCGAGUACCAAGGACGUCCUCUUGCUGAUCACAGCUCUGUCAAGAAUGGCCGCCCUCCAGGCGCACUCCUCCUCCCGCGUCCUCCUCUUGAUGCCCCAACUGUCGCCGAAGCUGUUGCCGUCAUCUCUUGCUGGUACGAGGAUAAGACAGAAUGGGGUGAGAGAAUAGGCUGGAUAUACGGGUCAGUGACAGAGGACGUGGUGACGGGCUACCGGAUGCACAACAGGGGUUGGCGGUCAGUCUACUGCAUAACAAAACGAGACGCCUUCCGUGGCACAGCUCCAAUCAACCUCACUGACCGGCUACACCAGGUGCUAAGGUGGGCAACAGGCUCAGUCGAGAUUUUCUUCUCAAAGAACAAUGCACUUCUAGCCACGCGCCGCCUCAAGUUCCUCCAACGCGUGGCUUACCUAAACGUCGGGAUCUAUCCCUUCACCUCAAUCUUCCUAGUAGUUUAUUGUUUUCUUCCAGCUCUAUCACUCCUUUCUGGACAGUUCAUAGUAGAAGGCCUUAGUGUGGCAUUCCUUUCCUAUCUCCUAACGAUCACAAUCUGUCUCACUCUAAUUUCCCUCCUAGAAGUGAAAUGGUCUGGAAUUGGUCUAGAGGAAUGGUGGAGAAACGAACAGUUUUGGCUCAUUGGUGGGACAAGUGCCCACCUUGUAGCUGUAGUACAAGGGUUAUUGAAAAUCAUAGCUGGUAUUGAGAUUUCAUUUAAGUUGACUUCUAAGUCAGGUGGUGAGGAUGAGGAAGAUGUGUUUGCUGACUUAUAUGUUGUUAAGUGGACCAGUUUGUUUAUAAUGCCGUUGACUAUUAUAGUGGUCAACAUAGUUGCUGUGGUGAUUAGUUGUUUUAGGACCUUAUACAGUGUGUUACCUCAAUGGAACAAGCUCUUAGGUGGGACUUUCUUUAGCUUUUGGGUUUUGGCUCAUAUGUACCCUUUUGCUAAAGGGUUGAUGGGAAGAAGAGGACGAGUCCCUACGAUUGUGUUUGUUUGGGCUGGGUUGAUCUCUAUUACUGUUUCUUUGCUGUUAAUUUCGAUAAAUCCUCCUGAUGAUACUACUACUACUUCUGGAGGAAAUGUUCAGAUAUGAUCAAAUAAAAUGGAACUAGACUAGGGGAAAAGAAAAAACUAUUUUGAUGUGAUUUUAGGUGGUCUACUUUGUAUCAUGAUAAAUGUAACAAUAGAACUGUUGUGUUUGUUGUGUGGUUACUAGUGUUAAGUCCUCUAAAUUUUGUGAUUUCAAGCAAUGUAAUUUUUUUUUUUUUUUCUUUUGUAUUAUUUUGUAGGAAGUAUAAUGUGAUUUUGAACUUUAGGCAUAAUA